AUGAAAAAGAAUUAUCAGCAUGUCUUUGCCUUCAAUUUUGCUAUUGCUGAGGUCAACAAAGAUUCAAACCUACCCAAUUCUACUCUGGGAUUCCAGAUCUAUGAUAAUAUGUUCCAAGCAAGAUUAAACUAUGAUAUCACACUGUCCUUGCUGUCAGCAAAGAAAAACAGCUUCCCUAAUUCCAUAUGCAGAAUGCAAAAGAUGUUGGCAGUCAUUGGAGCACUUGGCUCUGAAGCUUCUAUGCAGAUAGCCACUAUCUUAAGCCUCUACCAGAUUCCACAGCUCAGUUAUGGCUCAUUUCACCCAGGACUGAGCGAUAAAACCUAUUUCCCUUUUACCUACCAAAUGGUCCCAAACGACAAUACCCAGAAUGAAGGGAUAGUGCACUUGAUAAAAUAUUUGGGAUGGACAUGGAUUGGCCUUAUUGUUUCAGAUGAUGACAGUGGUGAACGGUUUGUGCAAAGUAUGAAAUGUAUGCUCAAUGAGAAUGGCAUCUGUGUUGCCUUUGCAGAGAAGGCACCAUUAGUCUUUCUCCAAUCCUCUAGUGCAUGGAAUAUAUUUUCUAAGGGAAAUAUCCUGGCAACACUUCAUAGGACCAAAGCCAAUGUGAUUGUUGCAGAUGGAGACACUUACUCAAUGCAAGGUUUACAGAUGAUGCUGUAUACUGCGUAUUACUCGGGAAGGAAACCCAAAGAGAAGCUCCAGGCAUUUUUGAGAAAAAUUCAUUUCAACAACAGUGCUGGGGAGGAGGUAUUCUUUAAUGAAAACAUGGAAUUGUCUACUGGAUCAUAUGAUAUUGUUAACUUGGUUACUUUUCCAAAUAAAUCUUUCAUUCGAAUAAGAGUUGGAAUGGUAGAUUUCCAGUCUUCUAAUGAAAAAAUUACCAUUAAGAAAGAUGUCAUUAUAUGGCCCAACAUCUUCAACCAGGCAUUGCCUCCUUCUAUGUGCACUGAAAGAUGCCCCCCUGGAUACUACAAAAAAGUUCGUGAGAGUGAACCAUCUUGCUGCUAUUAUUGUUCUCAGUGCCCAGAGGGGACCAUUUCACACCAGACAGAUGCAUAUCAGUGUGAAACAUGCCAAGAAGCUGAACAUCCAAACAAGAAACAAAACAGAUGUAUCCCUAAGGUUACAACUUUUCUAGCCUAUGACGAACCUUUAGGGAAAGGGUUGGCUUCCACUGGACUUACUUUUGCUCUCCUCACAGUCCUGGUGCUUGCAACCUUCAUUAAACACCAGAAGACACCAGUUGUCAAAGCCAACAACCGGAGCCUUACCUACCUUCUGCUAAUCUCCCUUUUGCUUUGUUUCAUUUGCUCCUUGCUGUUCAUUGGACGACCCAGAAUAACAACCUGCCUUUUCCGACAAGCUGCUUUUGGAAACAUCUUUUCACUUGCACUUUCUUGUGUAUUGGCCAAAACAACCACUGUGGUUGUAGCAUUUAUGGCCAGAAGUCCUGGAAGCAAGAUGAGGAAAUGGGUGGGCAAGAGACUAUCCAACUACAUUAUCCUUUUUUGCUGUCUUAUUCAAGUUGUCAUCUGUGCCAUCUGGCUAUUCACAUCUGCCCCUUUCCCAGAUCUUGAUAUGGUCUCACAGUCUGGGCUGAUUAUAGUGCAAUGUAAUGAAGGCUCAGAUGCUAUGUUUUACAUGGUCCUGGGCUACAUGGGCCUUCAGGCCAGUAUCAGCUUCAUAGUGGCCUUCCUAGCCAGAAAGCUGCCUGAUAGUUUCAAUGAAGCCAAGUUUAUUACUUUUAGCAUGCUGGUGUUUUGCAGUGUUUGGAUGUCCUUCAUUCCAACCUAUCUGAGCACCAAGGGGAAAUACAUGGUGGCUGUGGAGAUCUUCUCUAUUUUGGUGUCCAGUGCUGGUUUACUUGGUUGCAUUUUUGCCCCCAAAAUGUUUAUUAUUUUUCUAAGGCCAGAAGUAAACACAAAGAACAAUUUCUUUAGAAAAAACAAUUUCACAAAAUAGCUUAGGGAAAUCACACUAUUCUAUUCCUAGAAACUGACUGCAUGAGAGGCACUGGUAUAAACACAGGAAUUUGUAGAGUCCUUCAUGGGUGCCCCUCUGCAUACAAGAGGAAAAAAAAUUGCAUUUAAAAAAAUCAGUUCAUGUGAUAGCACUGAAAUAAUUAGAGAGAUGCAUAAUGUAUGUUACACUUGAAAAUUUGUUGUAUAUGUGAUCAUAGUUGGCACACACCCAAUAUAUUUUUCUCUAGUGUGUUCACUAGGGAAAAGUGAGGAGGAAUUAAAGAACCUCUUAAUGAGGGUGAAAGAGGAGAGUGCAAAAGAUGCUCUGAAGCUCAACAUCAAAAAAACGAAGAUCAUGGCCACUGGUCCCAUCACCUCCUGGCAAAUAGAAGGGGAAGAAAUGGAGGCAGUGAGAGAUUUUACUUUCCUGGGCUCCAUGAUAACUGCAGUUGCUGACAGCAGUCACAAAAUUAAAAGACGCCUGCUUCUUGGGAGAAAAGCAAUGACAAACCUAGACAGCAUCU